AUGGCGGCCAAGUCAAAGAAGCGGUUGACCAGAAAUGAAAAUAAAUUAAACAAAUUGGAUAACUUGGAAAUUAAAGAUGUAAUUUGCUCUAUUUGUCAAUCAAUAUUAAUAGAACCUGUAACAUUGCCUUGCUUUCAUAACUUUUGUGAACGUUGUUUCCACGGUAGUAUAGAAAAUAAUGCUUUGUGCUGUCCACUGUGUCGAUUGCGGAUAGGUUCUUGGGUGAGAACAGCUACAAAACAGAAAAAUUUAGUUAACAUUCAAUUGUGGAAUUCUAUUAAAAAUAAAUUCUCGCAAGAAGUGAAUAAAAAAUUAAAUGGAGAAGAUCUGCGGUUGUCGCCUGAUAAAGUAAUCCUUCGAUUAAGUAAGCCAGGUGAAAUUAGAUCUGAAUAUGAGACAGAGAUGCAAAGGCUAAAAGCUGAGAGAAUAAAAGUUGAGCAAGCUCAUAUCCAGGAAACUGUAUUCUUAAUUAAAAAACUAAAAGAAGAGGAAGAGGAGGCACAUAGGAAGUAUUUAGAAAGUCUUAAGAAUGAUGAAAUAUUAGCUAAAAAGCUACAAGAGGAACACCCCACACAGAAUGAAGUCAAGAUUACAGAAGAGUCAUCUAAAAAACCCAAAAAGAAAUCUAGAUUAAAAUCUGCAACCCUUGAUGGUUUCUUAUCUAAUCUCAAAACAAAUGAGUUGACUAGAGAUAACCCCAGCACAGAGGAAUUAACUCCAAAAAAAAUCUGUUACAAAGCAUCUGAUGUGAAUAAUACAGAAAGGCUAAAUACUUUACUACCAGGGAAGUCAAAAGAUGAUAAGGAAAAUGGAAAAAAUUGUCACACUAAGGAUCAAAUUUGUAUUGGAACUGAAAAGUGUAAUGAGAAAAAUGUGGCCAAAACAAAAAACGGCAUGCAAUCAUUAUUAGUCUCUUUACCGCUCCCUCCUACGGGCAUUCUUCAACACAAGACAACUGUUGGUGAGAAUAGGAAUAAUGAAACAGGCAGUGUUGAUUCAAUGCAACAGGAAUUGUGUUACUUUAAACCAAUUGAGGGGACAACUCCCACAAGUUUUAAAUCCAAUAAGGGCUUACCUCUACGUGUACCUGGAUUAAAACUAGACACAGAUUCAAAGCUACCAUCAAAAAGUUUACCAACCCGAGAACAAUACCUUGAAAAUCUUUGUCAGCUUCGGCAGAUAUCUUUAGCUAAGAAGUUGCCCUCAGCGUUUGUUAUUACCCUCAGUAUAUUAAGAGCUAAAAAGAUGAAAAAGGAGAAAAGUGCUCAUAUAAAAGUAAAGGAAAAUGAAACUUCUGACAUUGCUAAUAAAUUAACUGAAAAUUCUGAAACAUUCCUGAGACGCACCAGGUCUAUGGGAAGCAUUUCAAAAAUAGACAAUGAAACAACGCCUAAAAAAAGAGUGAGUGAACGAAAAUCGGAAUCAGAAAGAAAAGUAUACCUAAGAAGUGAAAGUAAGAGAUAUGCCAAAAAGAAUAACUAUGUCCCACCGUUAACUACAGAAAGCUCUAAUAACAAUAAGGUAAAUUUAGCUGUAAAGAAUUUAUCUAGUCCUAUAGAGGAUUGUGGGGUUAAACAUAUUUUACAAGAACAACUCCGAAUUGAAAAACUUAUACAACAAGAAAAAUGUGACUAUGAAUUAGCCUGUAAGAUGGAUGCAGAAUGGAAUGGCCGGAGGCAGCCGCGCCGGGCGGCUACGAAACGACAAGUAACCCUAAGCUAUGCCCUACGCCCGGCAAAAAAGGUUAGGGUUUAA